UUGCAAUUGAAGGAUCAACCAUGUCGUCCGACGAGCCAUUCUACCUGAGAUAUUAUUCUGGUCAUACCGGUGGCUUCGGCCACGAGUUCUUAGAGUUCGACUUUCGAGCCGACGGUGUCGCACGAUAUGCCAACAAUUCGAACUACCGCAAUGAUUCCCUCAUCAGAAAGGAAAUGUGCAUUUCUCAGGCUAUGAUCGCAGAGCUGAAACAUGACGCACAAUGGCCAAGAAAAAAUAAGGAUGGGCGUCAGGAAUUGGAAAUCAGAUUGGGCAACGAGCAUAUCAGUUUUGAGACGGCCAAGAUUGGCAGUCUGGUGGAUGUUACGGAGAGUGAGGACCCAGAGGGCUUGAGGGUGUUCUAUUAUCUUAUUCAGGAUUUGAAGGCGUUGGUGUUUUCUCUCAUUGCUCUGCAUUUCAAGAUCAAGCCUAUCAAGGUAGGAUGAGUUGGAAGGUGAAAUUGAAUGAAAAUGACUUUAUGGUUAACGGAGUACGGUUGCUCGUCUGUUCCGUGACUGUGUCCAAAUUUCUUUUACGCUCGAGUUGGUGCCGUAUACAGCUAUGAUACUACUAUAGAUAUCGUCUCGCCGUACGUGCGUAGCUAUCCGACGUUCUUCGAACUCUUGUUGCCCAAGGUAUCAACCUGUUCUGAAUCCAUCAGCUCUUGCCUGUCUGCAACGUCCAGAUGAAACAGAACCUUGAAGCUCGGGUUUCAACGCCAAGGAUUCUCAAAACGCUGUUCCAUACCCCGUGCCGUUG